UCUUACAGUCCCUAAUCAAGAUAUUCCAGGGGUGAUUGCACUAACAUUGUUUGAAGACUACAUCUACUGGACAGAUGGGAAAACCAAAUCACUCAACCGUGCCCACAAAACCUCUGGAUUAGACAGACUGUCGCUAAUUAACUCCUGGCAUACCAUAACUGAUAUACAGGUGUAUCAUUCUUACAGGCAACCUGAUGUGUCUAAACAUCUGUGCACAGUAAACAAUGGUGGUUGCAGUCAUUUAUGCCUUUUAGCCCCUGACAGGAUGCAUACAUGUGCCUGUCCCACUAACUUUUACCUUGCUGCAGAUAACAAGACAUGCUUAUCAAACUGCACUGCUAGUCAGUUCCGUUGCAAAACUGACAAAUGUAUUCCAUUCUGGUGGAAAUGUGACACUGUUGAUGACUGUGGAGAUGGCUCUGAUGAGCCUGAGGAGUGCCCUGAAUUCAGAUGUCAGCCAGGACGUUUUCAGUGUGGAACUGGACUUUGUGCCCUUCCAGCCUUCAUCUGUGAUGGAGAGAAUGAUUGUGGGGACAAUUCUGAUGAACUAAACUGUGACACGCAUGUGUGUCUGUCAGGUCAGUUCAAGUGCACAAAGAAUCAGAAAUGCAUUCCAAUAAACCUAAGAUGCAAUGGACAGGAUGAUUGUGGUGAUGAAGAAGAUGAAAGAGAUUGUCCGGAAAACAGUUGUUCUCCAGACCAUUUCCAAUGUCAAACAACAAAACACUGCAUUUCUAAACUGUGGGUAUGUGAUGAAGACCCAGACUGUGCCGAUGGAUCGGAUGAAGCUAACUGUGACAAAAAAACUUGUGGGCCUCAUGAAUUCCAGUGCAAAAACAACAACUGUAUUCCAGAUCAUUGGAGAUGUGAUAGCCAAAAUGACUGUGGUGAUAAUUCUGAUGAAGAAAACUGUAAGCCUCAAACGUGCACUUUGAAAGACUUUCUUUGUGCAAAUGGAGACUGUGUUUCAGCAAGAUUCUGGUGUGAUGGAGACUAUGAUUGUGCAGAUGGCUCAGAUGAGAGGUACUGUGAAACAGGCUGUUCAAGAGAUCAGUUCCAGUGUUCCAACGGUCAGUGCAUAUCAGCAAAAUGGAAAUGUGAUGGUCAUGAAGACUGCAAACUUGGGGAUGAUGAGAAAAAUUGUGAACCAGCAUCUCCAACCUGCUCUGCAAGUGAAUACAUCUGUGCAAGUGGAGGCUGUAUUUCAGCAUCUUCGAAAUGUAAUGGAGAGUAUGACUGUGCUGAUGGAUCUGAUGAGAUGGAUUGUGUAACGGAAUGCAAAGAAGAUCAGUUUCGAUGUAAAAAUAAGGCCUACUGUAUCCCUGUCAGAUGGCUUUGUGAUGGAAUCCAUGACUGUGUGGAUGGUAGUGAUGAAGAAGACUGUGUCCAAGGGGGGAGUAUAUGUAGAGCUGAUGAGUUCUUGUGCAACAAUUCCCUCUGCAAACUGCAUUUUUGGGUUUGUGAUGGAGAAGAUGACUGUGGAGAUAACUCUGAUGAAGUCACUGAAAUGUGUGGUAUGGCAUUAAAUUUCUGAAUACUGUUUGUGU